CAGCAGAAGUGGACCGUUGAAUAGAGAGAGAGCAGUCGGUAAACGGGAUCAAACGACGACCUGGCUGGACAGCUCUGUGGGAAAAAUUUUAUACACAUAUAUCCAACAACGUUUGAUUUCAUUCAACGCUGUCACUUUGACGAGCUUUUUCCGAGCGGUUGGCAAACUUUUCCCAGUAAAAGUAACGCUUGCGUCGCCAGACUGAAGUAACACUGUUGCUCCCAGUCUUAGCACAGGUAACGCUAGUUAACAGCUGGCAUCGAGUGAGCAGAAGCUAAGUGAGCGUUUACGAUCCCAUCAAGUUACCCGCUUCACCGAGCCUUUUUAUUUAUUUUUUAUUUUUGUUGGGAUCGCCGAGAACAACGUCAGGUGGUCGGAUCAUCGUUUGAGAUGGGUGACAUCAACCCAUCGACAUCCAACGUGUUCCAGCCAGAGGGUUUCAGUCCGCCUUACAGGAGGAGGAGGACAGUGGAGGAUUUUAACAAGUUUUGCACGUUUGUGUUGGCCUAUGCCGGUUACAUCCCAUACCCACAGGAGGACUCUCCACUUCGCAGCAGCUCCAGUCCUCCCAACAGCACAGGCAGCACUGCUGACAGUGAUGGCUGGACACCAGGACCGCCAUCUUCCUGCCCCCAGCGCCCGCCAAAGGUGCCCCAAGACAGAGGCAGGAAGCGUCCACAGCCUGCGAUCUCGCUGUCCUGUCACGGCAAACGAGACCGCACCAUCUCCACCCUGCACCCAGACGACAACAGGAAAGCCGAGAAGCUGAAGAAGAAGAAAAGGCGAAAGGAGAGGGAGUAUCACUCUGCCGAGGAAACGAGGGAUCAGCAGACCCACAGGGCAGAACCAGAGGUCCAGUCUCCUCUUUCCUUUGGAGGCAGAGUAAUCAAAGAAGAGCCUGAAGAUGAGUUCAGUAUCCCCCUCCUUCCCCCGUCCCUGCCCAGCCCAUCGCCCUGCAAGGAGGAGCCGAAGGAGGAACACCGGCACUGGGACGGCAGAGACCUAGAAGAAGGCGUGGUGAAGGUACAGAAGGUGGAAGGCUUUUCAGGAAACCGAACAGUCUUCCGCCAGGGGAAACAGGUGGUGUUUCGAGACGAGGACGGCUCAGGAGAGGACGAGGACAUCAUGGUGGACUCUGACGACGACUCGUGGGAUUUGGUGACGUGCUUCUGCAUGAAGCCUUUCGCUGGCCGAGCCAUGAUUGAAUGUAAUAAGUGCAACACCUGGAUCCACCUGUCCUGCGCCAAAAUCCGCAAGAGCCACGUACCAGAGACAUACAUAUGCCAAAGCUGCCGGGACGUGUACGGGCCCCCAGACGCCCGGCGCUCCCACCGCUCACGAGUCGGCUCACGCAAACAUCUGCUAGACUGACUGGGUGUCGAACCACAAACUUUUAACCCUUCUCGUCUCUGUUUACCCCACACCUGCUGGACCUGAACCCUCAU